GAUCUUCUAAACAGUAAUUGCACAGUUCACGCUACUCGAGAAUGGAACUAAAUGAAGACUUUACAAUUUUGAACGCUUUAAACCCAGGCCAGAACAACACAAAAUAUGUUGCCACAAAACAUAUAAAUUAUAAAUAAUUGAUUGAAAGUAACAAUCAACUCUGAUCAGAACUUGAGUGCAAUGCACACACGCAGCAGCCACAACGCUGUUCCAAGACACUAAAUGCAAAUCAAAGUAUAUGCCUCUGAUUUUGUAAAGAUGCCACACAGUGGCUAGUGGAGGCCUACUGUCCUCCACUGUUCAGCUCGAGCGUUCAA